CCUAGUCAUGCACUGAGGGAGCUGCAGGAGGGAAGCAGACAAACAUCCCCCCUCAGACAGACCCCAGCUCAACUCCACACUGGGUCACAGGAGGGGAGCUGUGAGGGAGCAGGAGAAACCAGAGAAAGGAGAACCAGCUGUCUGGAGGGGACGGCUCCCGGCCCCACUCCUGGGGACGUGCUGGGAGGACACGGCUGUGCAUCAAGGAAGCUGCAAGAGAGAAGCAGACGGACCCCCCACACAUCAGACCCUACCCAGACUUCCCGCUCCAGCGGGGGCUGCUCUUGGCUAUCCAGCUGGACACGGAGCACAACUGGCAAGCCUAACGACCACCAUGCACCUCGCCUGCUGGCUCUGGAUCCUUGUGGCCAUUUGUGCUGCUGAUGAGUUCAGGGAGAAGGCGCAGAAUAUCAUGAGGAACACACCGGUCAUCGAUGGACACAACGACCUGCCGUGGCAGCUGCUGAAGCAAUUUAACAACCGACUGCAGGACCCCAGGGCUGACCUGAACCGCCUGGAGAACACACACACCAACAUCCCCAAGCUUAGGGCCGGCUUUGUGGGUGGCCAGUUCUGGUCUGCGUACACCCCCUGCGAUACUCAGAACAAAGAUGCUGUGAAGAGGACCUUGGAGCAGAUCGAUGUAAUCCACCGCAUGUGUGGCUUGUACCCCGAAACCUUUGCCUGUGUCACCAGCAGCGCAGGUCUCAAGGAGGCCUUCCAGAAAGGCAAAGUGGCCAGCCUGGUGGGCGUGGAGGGUGGCCACUCCCUGGACAGCAGUCUGGGGGUGCUGCGGUCACUCUACCAUCUGGGUAUGCGCUACAUGACACUGACCCACAGCUGCAACACACCCUGGGCCGACAACUGGCUGGUAGAUGACGGGUCUGACAAGGCCCAGAGCAAUGGCCUGUCUCCCUUUGGGCAGAGCGUGGUAAGGGAGAUGAACCGGCUGGGCGUCAUUGUGGACCUGGCCCACGUGUCCCUGGCCACCAUGCAGGCAGCCCUGCAACUGUCCAAAGCCCCAGUCAUCUUCAGCCACUCUUCAGCCUUCUCUGUGUGUCCCCACCGCCGCAAUGUGCCAGACAACGUGCUGCAGCUAGUGAAGCAGAAGGGUGGCCUGGUGAUGGUGAACUUCUACAAUGAUUAUGUUUCCUGCCAGAAGGAAGCCAACUUAUCCCAGGUGGCAGACCAUCUGGACCACAUCAAGAAGGUGGCAGGACCCAACGCUGUGGGCUUUGGUGGGGACUUUGACGGGGUUUCCAGGCUGCCUUCGGGCCUAGAGGACGUGUCCAAGUACCCAGACCUUAUUGCUGAGCUGUUACGGAGAGGAUGGACGGAAACAGAGGUGCAGGGAGCCCUAGCAUUGAACUUGCUCAGAGUCUUUCAGGAUGUAGAGCGGGUGAGUGACCACACCCAGCCCCCUGAGGAGGAGCCCAUUUCCCUGGACAAGCUGGAGGCUUCCUGCAGGACCAACUAUGGCUACUCCGCUGCCCCCCACACCAACCAUCUGUCAGGGGUCCUAUUGGCCUCUCUCGGGCUCCUCCUUCUCAGCCUGUAUGUGCUGUGAUGUCCAGGAGCUCCCACACCAGGGCCUGCUCACCAGGCAUACAGUGGGCCCACAAUAAA